UCAAUGACACUUGACAGAACGUAGUCGACGCCGACUGGCUGACACAUCAUCUAACGUCAAUCCAAUAAUUACAAAAAAAUUGCGGUUUCGGCUGUAAGAUUUAUCAUAAUAAGUCUUCCACUAAUAUAUUAUAUAUUAUAGUUUUAGAUGUUCUUUAAAUGUAGAAUUAGGUGUAACAGAUAUAUUAUUUACAUUCUAUGUGUUUAACAAAAGUUAAUAAACUCGAGAAUUAAGUAAACUUAAAACAUGUGGCGCCAACAGUUUUGGAAGGUAUUAAUCCUAUGUUUUCUGUGUGUGCAUUUAUCAUCACAAGUUAAAAAACAGAAAACAUCAGUUAUAUCAGAUAUUGAUGAUAUAAAAGAAUUUAAAAAGUUGCUAAGAACCAAAACAAAUGUGUUGGUUCUGUUUAUAAACAAUAAUAAAGCAUCUCAGCCAGUUUUAGAAGUAUUUAAAGAAGCUGCUGACAAUAUGAAAGGUCAAGCUACGUUGGUAAUGAUGGACUGUAGUGGAAGUGAAGGUAAAAAGUUAUGUAAAAAGUUGAAGGUGUCUACUGAAAAGCCAUACAGACUCAAGCAUUAUAAAGAUGGUGAUUAUCACAAGGACUAUAACCGAGGCAUGAGUGUUAGUGCCAUGGUUAAUUUCCUUAGGGAUCCAACAGGAGAUUUGCCUUGGGAGGAAGAUCCAGAGGCAGCAGAUAUAGUUCAUUUAGCUGAUGGAGAGGCAUUGAUCAAAUUUUUGAAGAAAGGAAUUGCAACAUAUAAAAAAUCGAUGAUAAUGUUUUACGCACCCUGGUGCGGCUAUUGUAAGUCCAUGAAACCAGAUUAUGUAGCUGCUGCAGGUGAUUUGAAGGGUGAAGCAUAUUUAGCAGCUAUUGAUGUUUCAAAGCCAGGGAAUUCAAAAAUUAGACAGUUAUAUAACAUAACUGGAUUUCCAACUCUUUUGUACUUUGAAAAAGGACAGCUCCGGUUCCCCUACCAAGGGGACAACAAACAUCAAGCUAUAGUGGACUUCAUGAGAGAUCCCACAGCACAGCAACAGAAGAAGAAAGAAGUUGCCGAUGAAAGCUGGUCAAAGGAUACUGAUGUGGAACAUUUAACUGCUCAAACGUUCGAUAGUGUGCUGUCGAAAGCCGAGCACGCUUUGGUAGUAUUCUACGCUCCAUGGUGUGGGCACUGCAAACGAAUUAAACCUGAGUUUGAAAAUGCUGCAACUAGAAUUAAAAAUGAGAAUAUGAACGGGCUGCUUGCCGCAGUAGACGCGACGAAACAACCUGAAUUAGCUUCCAGAUUUGGUGUUAAGGGCUACCCAACUUUGAAAUAUUUUAACCGAGGUGAAUUCAAAUAUGACGCUGGUCAUGCAAGACAAGAACAACAGAUUAUUGACUUUAUUAAGUCACCGCAAGAGCCACCACCGCCGCCACCUCCAGAGACUCCUUGGUCGGAAGAAGAGUCUUCCGUUCGUCAUCUCGACUCGGCGAGCUUCCGCAACGUUCUUCGGAAGAUCAAACAUGCCGUCGUCAUGUUUUAUGCGCCUUGGUGCGGUCAUUGCAAAAUCACGAAACCGGAGUUCGUUAAAGCUGCGGAAAAGUUCGCAGAUGAAUUAAUUGUGGCAUUCGCUGCUGUUGACUGCACUCAGCAUAAGGAUAUAUGCUCCAACUAUGACGUCAAAGGAUACCCAACUAUUAAAUACUUUAGCCAUUUUGAUAAAUCGGUCCAGGAUUAUAGUGGCGGAAGGAAGGAAGCAGAUUUCGUAUCGUUCAUCCACAGCCAAAUGGACAAACAUCAGACAUCGCAGAAAGUAAAGAGUAAUCAGGAUGCCGGGUUUGGAGUCAACGUGGUGCUGGCUGAUGACGGCAAUUUCCACGAUGUUAUAUCCUCGUCUAAACCCACCUUCGUCAUGUUUUAUGCUACAUGGUGUGGACAUUGUUCAACAGUGAAACCAGCAUACAGUCGUCUCGCAACGACAUUGCAGAAGGAAAAUAAUCCGGUCAAAGUAAUAGCAGUUGAUGCAGCGGAAAAUCCGAAAGCAGCAGAUUUCGCCGGCGUACAAACUUUACCAACGUUCAAAAUAUACGCAUCGGGUAAACACUUAGCCGAUUACGAGGGGGAUAGGUCUACGGAGGACAUGCUUAAAUUUUGCAAAUCACACGCUAAGGUAAAAGAUGAAUUGUGAUAGAUAUGUCCGGUAGUAUGUCGACGUAUUAAAAGUGACGUCAUGUCGAUGACGAGGUCGCAAACUAUAUUGUCAUUCAGCAUUUAAUAAUAUAUAAUUUAUGUUCUUAGUAUAUUUUUUUUUUGUGCAAGAUUAUUUUUAAUAUUUAUACACUGCGUCUUUGUACGUGAAGAUUUACGUAACCAUCACUUUUUAUAAGGGGUUUACUGCCUGCGCUCGAAGACGUUGCAGACACGGCAUGUAUAACCCGAUAAGUUAAUUAAACGCUUUUAUUGAUUAGCUAAUAUAUAUUCUAUAGUAUAAAUGAAAUAUACCCGAAGUGAAUACUUGUUAGGUUACCUAAAGAGUUCAUAGGUGACAUAUUCCAUAGUUAAAUUUCCGUUUUACGUAAAUAUCUUGUUUAUUUG